ACUGCUUCCCUGCUCUAAUCACCCAUCGGGAUGCCUCUAGCAUUAUGGGGCUUUGCCCUGAUUGUUCCCGACAAUGGACAAAGCCUCUAAUAGGUUUAGGAGCUACUGAACUGUCCAUCCCCUCUUCGGGGGGCAGUAGGGAAGCCGUGCCAGUUGCAUAACCGCCCAGAUCUCCGAUGCCAGGGAAGCAAGCAGCAGGUCUAGGAUGGCCCCGGUGGAGGCCUCUCUUGUCUCCCUCUUCCUUCUGGGGCUCAUGGCAGUCCAGGCUCAGAUCUGUCCUUCCACCUGCCGCUGCUACAGCAUGACUGUGGAGUGUGGCUCUUUGGGCCUCAAGGAGAUCCCUGGCAGCAUCCAUCCUUCCACCCAGACAGUUUUCCUCCAAGACAACAGCAUCACACAAAUCCACCAGCAAGACCUGGCCUCACUUUCUGGCCUGCAAUACCUCUACAUGCAGAACAACACGAUCUCAGCACUGGAGCCCGGCGCCUUCCGCAACCAGAACCGGCUGCUGGAACUGGCACUGAAUGGCAACCGGAUCCACCUCAUCAACAGCAGCAUCUUCAAGGGCUUGGAGCAUCUGCGCGUUCUCUACCUGGCUGGCAACCAGAUCACCCGGCUGCCUGACUUCACCUUCUGUGAUCUGGAGAGGCUGCAAGAACUCCACUUGCAAGAGAACAGCAUAGAGACUCUGGAAGACCAGGCCCUGGCUGGGCUGACUUCGCUGGCGCUGCUAGACCUGAGCAAGAACAACCUCCGCACCAUCAGCCGCAUGGCUCUGCAGCCCCUCAUCAGCCUCCAGGUGCUGCGCCUGACAGAAAACCCCUGGCGAUGUGACUGCUCUCUCCACUGGCUUAGCUCCUGGAUCAAAGAGGAAGGUCAGCGGCUCUUGGGUCCACUAGAUAAGAAGAUUGUGUGCUCAGAGCCCCCACGCUUGGUCUACCAGAGCCUGAUGGAUGUCUCCGGCAACAGCCUGAUCUGUAUCCCACCAGUAGUGCAAGUGGAGCCUCUCGAGGUGAUGGCCAGACUGGGAGAUGAUUUGCGGGUCUCUUGCCAGGCAUCAGGCUACCCACAGCCACUGGUGACGUGGCGCAAGCUGGCACAUUGGCGAGCAGGAGGCUCUAAAGCCAGCAGUGCCCGAGUGCCAGGAGGAACCUUUGAGCUGAGCGAGCGCAGUGUGGGGGAGCGUUUUGAGCAGUCGGACACGGGGAGCGGGAUGCUCUUUCUCAACAAUGUGACGGUGGCACACGCUGGCAAAUACGAGUGCGAGGCUUCCAACCCGGGUGGCACGGCCCGAGUGUUCUUCCAUCUCAUGGUCAACCUUUCCCAGCAGCAGCAACAGCAGCAGCAGCAGACAUCACGGGGCUACCCAGCUUCAGUGGACAUCAGCCAGGAGCCCCUCUAUGACAUGGAGAGCAUGGACUUCAAUGCCCUCAGCAUGGCCACCCAGACUGCCAUUGCUGUGGCCAUUUCCUUGUUGGCAUUGGUUGCCCUCCUCCUGGUGAUCAUGAUCUACCGGAAACACCGCAAGCGGAAGAAGGCCAGGAAAGAGGAGAACAUUCUCUAUGUCAAUGACUACUCAGAUGGACCCACCACCUUUGCCCAGCUGGAAGAGUACCGGGACGAGAGGGGCCAUGAGAUGUUCGUCAUUGACCGCAACAAGCCCCUCUUUGCCACCUACAAGGACCCCCAAGGCUUGGCUGGGGUCUUCCCAGACCAACUACAAGAUCAAGCCACCCAGACACUGGAAGGAGAAGAAGACCGGCCCCCAGAAGCCAACGAACUCUUUGCCAAUCAGGGACUGAUGUUCCAGCCACAGAUUGCUUAUGAAAUCCACUGUUGAAUAAUUAUAGAUGGAACUGCAGGCAGGUGGCAAAGAACCCUGGCGGAGGGGGCUAUGGAUGUGCCCCCUUAUCAGGGAGGUGCUUGUAGACUCCUUCUGACCUUUCACCUCUGUCCCAGCCUUUCUGAUAGGUCUGCUUCCUUAAGGUGAGGGAGGAGAAAUCCAUGAUGCUUUGGUGAGCAUUUCUAUCCCAGGAGUAGGAGAAGGUGUGUUCCUAAGCCUGUCCCCAAAGUGCAAAGCAGGGACGUUAUUCUUGAUAGGUGGCUACUGGCGAGGUACAUUCUGCCCUCUGAGUACCUCUGUUGCCAUUCCUUAGGGGUAAGCAUUAGUUUGCUUUGUUCUGGAGCAUUCCAUGUGGUCCUUACAAUGAAGAUUGGGAAAUCUGUCAUAUGCCUUCUCCCACCUCACUAAAAUUCUGCUCUGGUGGCAGAAGGUGUCAUGGGAUGUUGCAUUGAUGGAACAGACAAACAAUGCCAGGGACUACCUUGAAUCCUUCCCAUUGAUCAAAGAUUUGCUUUCCAGUGUGCUUCUGUCAUUGAACAGGUAGGGGUUUUGAAUUCACUGGAAGAAAACUACACUGGCAGAUCAAAAAGGAGCCAGUGGAGGCUGGGUUCAGAAAAGGGGGCUUAGAAAAAUCAUUACACUGUGCAAGCUUGACCAACCUACGUCUCCCUUCAAGACACACUGCGGAGACAGGACAGCCGUGUGUCCAAAGAUGAGGAAAACCCUCUUGUGGGAGAACAAAAGGGGGCACUCUCUUUCCCAGUCUGUUUCCCUGUUUGUAACAAGUAGGAAUAAUGACACUAUCACAAGGAACUGAACAGCAGGACUGCAUUCAUGGGUCCAGCAAAGGAAGAAACAGCCCAUCUUUCUUUCCCUUGUCUGAUAAACUCCACAAUCAUACCCACUGGCAGUGUGACACAAUGCAGUUUUCUCAAGAGCCUGGAAGCUAUAGGAAGCUAUGGGGUCUGCGGAGAAGGAAAAGGCAGCUUGGCAGACUUUUUCAGGCAAAAGAGCCAAUAAAAUGUAGCUGGCACC